AUGGCGAGUAAUGGUCUACGGAUACUGGAGGAUGUGGGUCUAGCAGCGGAUAUGAUGCAUGUACCUACAAAUAAUACUAUCUUUGCGCAGAAUACUGUUAAAAGAACUGCAUUUUCUCCUUUUCCUGUUGCCCCCUCUGUUCCCUUAAUUAAUGCUUUACCUACGGCUCCAUUUCCUACUUAUCAUAGUAGUCAUAAUCCUUUUCUUUCAUCUACCGACCGCCAGGCUGAUUUGGGCAGACCUCUGUCGACUCAUCCAGUAUCCCAUGAAACUCCAACCCAAUAUGUGCCGGGCAUGACUAUACACCAUCAUCCAGAUCCUGGGACUGUCCCAUAUAUGCAACCACAAUGGAAUCAAUUUUUGUCGAAUGCACACAUAUCUCGGACACCGAUUCCCUUAGUGCUGCCUCAUGUUAUCCGCUACAGUCUUGAUGCUGUAUCGCAGAAGGAUCUUGCAAACGCACUUGCACAGCUCAAGGAACAGCCAGUCCUAAUGGGUGCGGAAAAUCUAGCUUCCUGGGAUGAAGCGAUUCGACUAACAAUUGUGCAACUGGGUCUUUUUCCACACAUUUGUGGGGAACCUGCAGACAGUGUGAGGUGUACCUGGCAUAACACUCCCAUAUAUCCUCUAGACGAACCUACCCCAAUCACAUCAGAGGAGGAUAGAGCGGAGUUCAAGAAAUGGGAGAGUAAUGAUUUCAUGGUGUUAUCGAUUAUCACUGCGAAAAUAUCGGAUGAUGCUAAAAGACAACUGCCAUGCACAGUAGGGGAAGAUGGUUCGUGUAUCUCAGCUCGGUCCUUCUACGACACCAUCCAUACCACAUGGGGUACCACGAACCUCGCCCGCCUGCAGACUAUUCGGAAUGCACUAUUCCAGACAGUGGCGAAUGAUAUUGGGAAGGUUGAUGGAUAUGUGCAGACAUAUUGGGACCAGAUUUUGCUCAUCAAACGAGGAAUGCACAGAGAUCUUGAAUGGGGAGAUGUUAUAUUCCACUUUGCUAGCGGACUACCCCAAAACUCUGUUCUUUCAGUUGCAAAGGACACCAUUAAUUGUCUUUCUUAUUCUCUUUGCACUCGGGCUACCUUCGACGACGCUAUCCACAAUGUCCAAGAUGUGAUGAUUCAAUACCAAAUCUGGCAUAAUCAACUGAUUGAUGUUUUGACUGGGACCUUGGCACCAAAUGGGGGUGUGAAGAGGAAGGGAAGACAUAUACAUUGUACGAAUGGACAUUGGCAUUUUGCAGAUGCUGAAUGUUCAAGAUGUGCCACAGAGAAGAAGGAAAUCAUGAGUACCACUACCGCUACCACGAAAUCUGUUACUACAAAGCCUGCUAUAGCUACAGAAUCCAAUAAACCCAAUGUUUCUCUGUGCACUGCAGGUGUGAUAUUGCAAAUGGGUUCCUCAUCACUUGAGGAUCCGCCUUUAGUCUCUCUUCACAAGAAGGACCUGGCGACAUAUCUUGAACUGACACAAUGUUUCAGUAAUAUACUGGAUACGGCAUCGUCUUUCCACAUUAUUUGA